UAUAGAGUAGUGUUAGACAUGAGGUGGAGAUAUAUUAUAGUACUGUAUGUCUAACAAUAUGUUGAGUCAGUGCUCAUAAUAAUAGUGUUUUGUAUAUUAAAUAUUCAGUGAUUCAGUGCUCACACACUCUCUCUCUCUCUCACUCUCUCUAACAUACAGUCUGUGCCCGUAAUGUCAGUUGUGUUUGAUCUCUGGCCACGUCGUCAAGUCUUCAAGUAUUGAAUCAAUUGAUAAGUGAUCGCUGGUUGUGGUGAACACAGACUCCACUUAAGAGUUAAGACAAUCGAUUGAGUGACCAAUUGUUGCAAUAGUUGUCUAAAUCAGUAGAAAUCAUAUGAAAUGAAUAUUUUCCGACUGACGGGUGAUUUGUCACAUCUUUUAGCUAUUAUUGUCCUUUUGGUUAAGAUAUGGAAAACCCGUUCGUGUGCUGGGAUAUCGGGAAAGAGUCAAAUCUUAUUUGCAUUGGUUUACAUCACCCGAUAUUUAGACUUAUUUACAAAUUAUAUAUCUCUUUACAAUUCGUUUAUGAAGCUAGUAUUCAUCUGCACCUCAUUGGCCACUCUGUAUCUAAUGUACAUGAAAUUCAAAGCCACUUACGACCGAAAUCACGACACUUUCAGAAUUGAAUUCCUUUUGAUUCCGAUCACUAUAUUAGGACUAGUAGUCAACCAUGAAUUCACACCACUUGAGGUGUUGUGGACAUUCUCGAUAUAUCUGGAAUCGGUGGCCAUUUUACCACAAUUAUUCUUAGUGUCGAAGACGGGUGAAGCCGAGACCAUAACAUCUCAUUAUUUGAUGGCUUUGGGUUCAUAUCGAGCAUUAUAUCUGAUUAACUGGAUUUGGCGCUACUAUUUUGAAGGCUUUUAUGAUUUGAUUGCCAUCGUUGCCGGUAUUGUCCAAACAGUUCUCUACUGUGACUUCUUUUAUCUUUACGUCACAAGAGUAAUCCGAGGUCGGGCUCUGAGACUUCCCGCAUAAGUAUUUGUUGAUAACUUUGAUUUUAAAUCAAAUGCAAAUAUAGUUUUAAUUUAACUAAAAAUCACAAUUAAUUUAACUAAUGAAUGUUAUUUGUAAUAUUAAAGUGCCUCAAAAUGAUCGGCAAAUUUCAGUCUUUAAGCUCAUUAUUGAUUUUUCUAUAUUUAUUUUCAAUUAAAUAUUAUUUAAGUUAUAAAUUCCUA